GAAUAAAAAUUAUAAUUUUAAGGGCAUUACUGGCAUUUUGAAAAAAAUUAGUCUAAUAGGACAUAAAGUAAUAUAGAUUAAUAUAAAGGGACAUAGUUACCAUUUUUUUGCUCUAAAAAAACAAUUUUCUCAAUUUUUUUUUCUUUGUAAAAAAGUACUACGAUUUUCACACCUCAAAACAGUUAGUUAAUUACUGGUUCGAUAUCCAACCAUAUUAGUUUCCGAAAAUAGACUUAUCCAUUUAUUAUUAAUAUAAUUUGUAAAUUUAAUUUAGUGGUUAUCAUUAUGCAAAAAGAAGAAGAAAAACUUGAAUUAAACUUUGUAUGUUCCGACACAUUUCCGGCGAUAGAACUAACUAUAUAAUUCGUUCAAAGAUUUCAUCUUGUUCUUGUUCCCAUUGGUUUUAAAAUGUUUUAAUUUCGUUUGUAUAGGUCAUCAAUCAUAUUUUGAUUUGGUUAUAAAAUAUUACUUCGGUUUUAUCAAGUUUGAAAAUAAGACAGACUAUGUAAUGCAAUCAACAUAAUCGCAUGCGUUGAAACUCUCUAUCCGAUGUGUAGAGAAUAUCCUCAUGUCUUUCUAUAUAUUAAAAACUAGUAUAUUCUAAAACGUGCACCAAAAAAUAAUGUAUAUUCUAAAUUUUCAUUUGUGUUAAAAUUUAGCACCUGAUUUAGAAACUAAAGAAUGAAAUAGUUUUCUAUUUAAUUAUUGUUUUAAUACUUUUGUUAUAUUCUCAAAUUUGGAAAUAAAUUAAUUAUAUAUAUAGAUCUAAAGAUGUAAGGAUUUGUUUUUGUUCGUAAGUAACACUUUUAAUGAGUCUUAGAACCUAGCUUAAACGUGAAUGUUAAUUUUAAUUCCAGUAUUUUUCAAGCCUUCCAGUUGUAAUAUUGUGAAAUUUUGUAGAUAUAUAUUUGAAAAUAUAAUUUAGAUUACAAUUUAGAUUACAUAAAUAAAUAUAUCUAUUAAAGGAUAUAUAAAAAAUACAGCCGACAACGUUCACAACAUGUAUAGAUUGUGAAGCAGCCUGGACCAACAUUAACAUGGUCCAAAGAGUUCCUAAAUGCAACAAUGGCAAUUUCACAUUCCUUUUUUAAUUAUUCGUACUACUUGUUGCCAAUAUAUUUUAAUAUGUGGUAUAUCCCAUUUUACAAGUUGAUUUUCCUGUCGCUAUUGCUACUCAUUACUGUUUCUCUCUUUGUUCUACAUGGUUUUUUAUUAACUAUCCAAAUAAUUUUACUCUUAACGGUAAAAUAACUUAAACGCACAAACGGCCUUUAGAAGAGAAAGGCAUAACAUAAACCGUUGUGGUAAGCGUGGUAAUAACUCUUUAAGCUGAGCUUAUUUGAGUGAUUAGGGACGGUGGAUGGAAACGCGUGAAUUGAUUAAUAUUCUUUUAAUUCUCUUGAUUAAUCAUGAAAACAAAAAUUGUUGAAAAUUUGAAUAUCUGACUGGUCAAAUUUCUGUCGUGGCGUAGCAUGAAAACUAUAUAUAAACAUCCACACAUGCCUAGUGACCCUCUCCAUCGUAGCUUACCUACAACAUCUGGCCACAAUCCAAUCAAAACACCUCUUUUCAUUCUCUCUCAAAUCUUCAUUUCCAUAUCUACUUUUUCUCUCCACUUUAUUCUCCUACCCCUUCUCUCUAUCUAGAGCUAAAGAAAAUGGGUAUUUUAUCAAGAAAAGCUACUUGCAACACUCAUGGCCAAGAUUCUUCGUAUUUCCUGGGCUGGGAAGAGUACGAGAAGAACCCUUACGACGAGGUCAAGAACCCUGAUGGCAUUAUCCAAAUGGGUCUCGCAGAAAAUCAGUUAUCUUUCGAUCUUAUUGAGUCAUGGCUUGCCAAGAACCCUGAAGCAGCAAACUUCGAAAGAGAAGGCCAAUCUAUUUUCCGGGAACUAGCUCUCUUCCAAGAUUACCAUGGCCUUCCUUCCUUCAAGAAUGCUAUGGCGGAUUUCAUGUCGGAAAAUAGAGGAAACCGAGUUUCUUUUGAUCCUAAAAAGCUUGUCCUCACCGCGGGUGCUACUUCGGCUAACGAAACUCUUAUGUUCUGUCUCGCUGAUCCUGGAGAUGCUUUCUUGCUCCCUACUCCAUAUUAUCCAGGAUUUGAUAGGGAUUUGAAAUGGCGAACCGGAGUUGAGAUUGUACCAAUCCAAUGCACAAGUGCAAACGGAUUCCGCAUCACCAAAUCCGCACUCGAAGAAGCCUACAAGCAAGCGCAAAAGCUUAACCUAAAAGUUAAAGGAGUCCUUAUAACCAACCCAUCUAACCCGUUGGGUACUACAACAACCCGAACCGAACUAAACCGUCUCUUAGAUUUCGUGUCACGUAAGAAUAUACAUUUGAUAAGCGACGAGAUCUACUCGGGUACUGUUUUCACUUCUACUGGUUUCAUCAGCGUAUUGGAAGUCCUCAAAGAAAAAAAACUCGAAAACACCGAUGUUUCUAAACGUGUCCACAUCGUUUACAGUUUGUCUAAAGAUCUAGGCCUACCUGGUUUUCGCGUUGGAGUUAUUUACUCCAACGAUGAUAUUGUUGUGGCUGCAGCGACAAAAAUGUCUAGUUUCGGUCUAAUAUCUUCUCAAACACAGUACCUCUUAUCCGCAUUGUUAUCCGACAAAAACUUCACUAAGAACUACCUCAAAGAGAAUCAAAUCCGACUCAAAAAUCGACACGAUAAGCUUGUGUCUGGUCUAGAGGCUGUAGGUAUCGAGUGUCUCAAGAGCAAUGCUGGACUCUUCUGCUGGGUCGACAUGAGACACCUAUUGAGAUCUAACACGUUUGAAGCCGAGAUUGAGCUAUGGAAAAAGAUCGUUUACGAGGUUAAGCUCAAUAUCUCUCCCGGUUCUUCGUGCCAUUGUAACGAACCGGGUUGGUUUAGGGUUUGUUUCGCGAAUAUGAGCGAGGAAACACUAAAGGUUGCUUUGAUUAGAUUGAAGAUGUUCGUUGAUGGACCGUCAUCUACUACAAGAAGUCAAAGUGAGCAUCAAAGGCUAAAGACUUUAACAAAGAUGAAAGUCUCUAAUUGGGUUUUACGGCUAUCAUUUCAGGACCGUGAACCCGAGGAACGAUAGUCUGGUUUAUUUUUAUAAUAAAAGUGUAAUAAAUAUGAUUGGUUUUCAUUAUUUUUAGUGAUUUAUUCGUCAGAUGUAUCUUUUUAUCAGAAUUCUAUAUUUUGGUAAAGUUUAUAGAGAAAAGUUCAUGCA